ACUCAAGAGACUGAGAAAUAUAGGACAUCCCUAGUUGUUUAUGUAUUAGUAAAUAGUAAGCACUAGACCGCACAACUCCACAAUAGUUGUUUAGUGAUAAUUUGACUAGUCGCCAGUUGGUAAACAAGAGAUAGAUGAUUUUAUGUUGAACGUUUCCUUACUAUUGUUUUUAAAAAAUUCGCUGUCUUACAAGUAUCUCAAAAAAAUGAAGAUAAGUGUAAUAUACAUUGUAAUUUGUUCUGAGUAAAUAUGAGACGCUUUUGCCAGUUUUUCUAACUGAAGAUAUAUAAAAAUAUUAGAAAAUGGAUACAGAAGUAGUGUCUUCUUUUUUUUCUUCUGAAAAUAAAAAUAUACCUGAAAAAGAUUCAGGUAUAUCUACUGAGUUUCUUGAAAUUGUUGGUGACCUUAAUGAAUCUCUUUCUGAAUUCAAAUUACCGGUCGCUGUCAAAUGCGUAUAUAAUCCUACGAUAUAUGCAAAAUAUACAUUUGAAAUGUACGUCCACAAAUACUGUAACAGCACGAAAAAAAUUAUGUAUUUUGGAAUGAACCCUGGACCGUGGGGAAUGUCUCAGACUGGGGUACCGUUUGGAGAAAUAUCUGCAGUGCGAGACUGGUUAGGCAUUGAAGGACCGGUGAAUAAGCCAGAGUAUGAACUGCGUGAAAGACCUGUAAAAGGAUUUGAUUGCACCAGAACUGAGAUUAGUGGGAAAAGAUUUUGGGGCUUAUUUAAAAAAAUAUGUGGUGAUCCUGAAAAAUUCUUUAAAACUAGUUUUGUUUACAACUAUCUCAAUCAACAAUGGAUGAAAAAUAAUGGUUGCAAUCUCACUCCUGGAGAUUUUAAAGUUUCAGAAAUGGAGCCAUUAUAUAAAAUCUGUGAUCCAACAUUUGUUCAGGUUUUAAAAUUAUAUGAAGUAGAAAUUGUUGUGGCUAUAGGUAAAUUUUGUGAAACGAGAGCUCUGAAAGCUAUAAAAAAAUACUUGCCAACAAGUUCCAUCAAGGUACUUUACUUAUCUCAUCCCAGCCCAAGGACUGUAAAUAACAAUAACUGGGAAGAAAAAGCAAUGGAACAAUUAAAAAACUUGGGACUUUUGGAAUAUUACACAUAAACCUUCAAUUAAGAUAACAUAGUUUUUUUUAAGUAUUAUUAGACUUGUAAGAUCUGUCAUAAUUACAUGGAACUUUUUAUAACAGUAUUAUUUUUUGAAUAGAGAUAUGAUAAAGUA